AUGGACUCCGCGGAAUUUCAGGACGGUACUUGCCAUCCUCGAUGGGAGGUCCUUUUUUCCGCUACAGGCUUUUCCCCACCUGUUCCAGUGACUAUUAGCGAUCGAGCUAGCGAAAAAUGCAAUAUUCUGAACUCGGGUGGUGUCACAGUACUGAGACUAUCUCCCGAUAUGGUCGUGAAAUAUGGACCACAUGUUACCGUCACCGAAGCGCAGAGCAUGAUUUUUGUGGCAGAGCACACGAAAGCGAUCCCUAUUCCGAAGGUUUUCGCCUAUUGUACUUAUGGUCCACUCAACAGAGACAUCGAUGACUAUGGAAGCCUUUUUGACACCUACAUAUUUAUGAGUCUUGUUGAGGGUCAAACUCUCGACCUAGCUUGGGACUCAUACGGUAAACUGACGAAGGACCAUAUUGCGCAUAAGCUAAAGACAUAUAUGGAAGAGCUCCGUGAGAUCAGAAGCGAGCCGCCCUACAUUGGAUCUGUCAACAAUGGACCUGUCAGGGACCAGAUUUUUGACAACUUCCACAUUAAAGGUUCUCCCCCUUGCAUUGAAGCUAUAAGGAACAAUUUCUGA